UCUGUAUGAAUAGUUUAAUGAUUGCGUUUCGAGUGAAAAGAGUAAGAGAAAGAGUCGUCUGGUGAUAUAUAGAGACUCGAUUGUGAUCCGCGCGAGCCGAAGACAGCUAUUAUUCGACGAGUUGCAAGGUGCGCUGAAGAAGGAGACAUUCGGUGAAGGUGUCAAACGUCGGCGGCACCUCAUUGACAUUUUCGUGACAUUUAGUGCGUGAUUCGAGUCGAAUGCCAGACACCUUUCCGUGUAACACGCGUGUCCUUCGUUGUUAUACGACAGCGAAAUCUUGGACGGUUUACGGGGAAGCGUGUUGAAGAAAACGACACGACGAGCGAGAGAAGACGGCACUGCGGCGGAAAGGAAGUGAAACGAAGGCCAGGCGAGUCGAUGACGCGUCCUCCGUGCCUUAUCAACAGCAGAACCGGAGCGCGGUGACGGCGAAGACUCAUCCGAGAGACUUAUCUGUCUCUCGGAAUUCUUCAGUUGCAUGUGUAUGGCGUAGAAUACAAAUAAGACGACCUGCAUUCUUGCAGAGAUCUUCCUCCGAAUCUUUGUUGAGCGAACCACGAAACAAGAUCCUUGAGCCUAUCUGAAAUACAGAGCUCUGUUGCGGAGCAACAGGUGGUUAUACCUGAAGAUUAUUGAAUGAGGUUCUCCUGUGACGACAGGCAGAAUCGGAGAUUCUUCAUUUGGUUGGAGGUUGCCGCUAGUAGCCAAACUGGACAUUCUUACCGCCACGUCGGAAAGAACGGAGUGGAGAUGUUCGCGGGUCGCUGAGAGAAUGAGGGAGUUGGACACCGAGAGCCCUGUCGUCUGGCCGGCCUGGUGUUAUACUGGUGAGGUGUCGGGCGAGAACGUGUCCACGGGCACAGGACCACGUGGUGGCGACCGUGGAGAGGCGGCGGAUUUAGGUACGUACACGGAAAACAACGACGGGGCCACCCUGGCAGCAAACACAGCGGUCGACGCCAGGGGGGGAAGCCCUCAGGGCACCCAUCUGUCCGGUGCGGCAACCCCCAGACCUCCACGUGGUAGGAGGCGACAAAACCAGAAUGGUCUCGAUACUACUCAAGUUAAAACGGAACGACUCACGCCUGACAAUAACUCGACGUCGUCGAGGAGCGUGACGCCUUCUUCAUCGAGUCACCCGGGGACGCCGCCAAAUGCUACGCCCUUGGGAGGACCCGAGGGUCCACCGCCACCUCAUCAUCUCAAGCACAUGGAACAGAUGAUGGGGCGGAACUAUAGUGAUUUUAUGAGGAGUCUCGCCGCCAAGUACAACAACGCUAACCCCAACGAUUACUUUAGCACACCAAGAAACGGUUAUCCUCCGGGUUUAGACCCGAGGUUUCCAGCCUUCAAGGCUGCAGCAACGCCGUUCGUUGGUCUAAUGGCGCCGUUAGGAGCUCCGCAACCAUCGACUGUCCCGACGACCUCACCGCUCUCCAACAAAGAUCCGAAAGAGCAAAAACAGGAUAGUCUCUUCGGCAGUCCUGUGUUUCCGCCUAUGAUCGACAUGUCAUCCACCCAGGCUCUUUUGCACAUGGUACGAACUGCCAAUGCGGCACAAAGCGCUGCAGAAUUGGAAACAUAUCUCAAAGGCGCAAACAAAAGAGACACAGGGGUGACGAGUCCUUUGGACCUUUCGAGUCCCGGUGGUUUUGCACCUCGCAAGCGACAAAGAACGGAAACAAGGAGAUCCGAAAGCGUAUCCCCCAAGCCGAAAUCUACCGCGAGACCAACCACACCUCCACCGGUCAGAUGUCCAACUCUCUAUGGCCACAUACCUUGCGGUGAUGGGCAAGCCGUAAAUCGCUGGACCAUCGAGGAUGUCGUUAAUUACGUUUCGUCAAUCGACAUAUGCGCCGAGUACGCACAGAAUUUCCGAGAACACCGUAUAGACGGCGCAGCACUACCGCUACUUUCAGAAAGCCACCUGACAGGCACGAUGGGUAUGAAACUCGGUCCAGCCUUGAAGCUGCGUGUGAUGUUGGCUAGAAAACUCGGUGCCUGCACGGUAUGCUUGCACUGUGCCCACUGUCACCAAACGCCGCUACCGGCGUUAAGUGCAGCCGCGGCUGCAGCGGUAACGCAACAGCAACAACAGCAGCAGCAGCAGCAGCAGCAGCAGCAGCAGCAGCAGCAGCAGCAGCAACAACAGCAAACGCCGGGUCGGCGACCUAGUAGCACUGGGAACUGACAAACAAUGGCGGAGACUCCUCCAUUAGGGUCUGAGACAGCAGCAGUCGGCGUGACUCCGACGUCGUCGUCUCCGGACCCGAACCGGGCUCUCAGGAUAGAACGGCGUAUAUCUCGCCCGGUACGCAAACCAGAAGUCGUCUUCAAAAAGCCUAUCAAACAGUGACUCGCAAAUGACGUGUUCAAUCAAAGAAGACGAUUUUAUAUAUAUCAGGAACUAUGGAGACUCCGCCUGUCAAUAAUUAAGUACCCGGAAAAACUUUUAGAGAUAGAACAUAGACCGAGAGUUUUAAUCGAGACUGGAUUGAAGGAUAUAAAAAAGAAAGAGUGAGAAGGAGGUUGAUGUAGCCUGUAUAGCAUGUAGCAUGUAAAGUGCUGAAUGCUUGAGAAUAAAAAUAUUUUUGAGCGUUCGUCGAUCAGGAUAAGCUAAAGCCUAAACUGUAGAGACCUGAAGAACUGUUGUUCAGCGAAACUAUAAGCUUCGACUGUAAUGACGGAUUACAUAGAACUUAGACGCAGCAGGAAGAUAUGUUAAUUAAUUGCGUAUGAUAAAACUGAAAAUAGAAGAAUUGAGAAUUCAGCUUUUUGUAUGGUCUUCGAUUAUUGAACGAGUAAUAUUUAGAUAGAAAA